ACCGCGGCGCGCGCCGGCCGCAUCCAAAACAUUCUAUUAUUUUAUAUUACGUGUUUCAUUUCGCGUAGAGUUUUGGACGGCGCUAGUUAUGCGGCGCGAAAUAUGCACUAAAUUGUGAUCAUUGGACAUUAAAAAUAAAAUGGAGCACCGUGAACGGUUUUCGUCAAACAAAAACAAUAUUUGUCGGCAACAUUUUUUGGUAAAACACCGCAACUAAACGCAGUUCAAACUAGAUUUUUCUUUUCUGGAUUCAUUUCACUCACAAACUAAUGCAGUUAAACAAGUUUCCGUUUGCGUAUGUUAUGUUUAUUUUUUCAAUGAAACAAUAACAAACUGUAGGAGUAAACUGUAGAGCGACAGACAGAGGGGGUUUGAGUUACGGGGGCAGAGAAAGAAGUAGAAGAUGGCGCUUGCUUCUUCUGUGAGCCUGUACUACUCCAUAGUGCAACGUGCUGCGAGACACUAUUUAGAAGAUUACUGUCAUACAGAUACGACAGCGCCGUAUGUGCUAUACAAAGAUGGUGUCGAGCGCGCUCCGCCUGGUACUCAAUGGGGUGGAGGCGUGCUGGACGGGGGAUACCAACCCAUGCAGCAUCAGAGCCCAGGCGGGCCAUCACCGCAACCCGAGCCCCAGCUUGCUUCUCCAGCGCCGUCCUCUCCAUACCCCCCAGCGCCACCCCCUCCAGACCCAACAGGAGCUGCGGAAGACGCAGCCCAACAACUCGCACAACAACAAGCACAACAACAACCGCAACAACAACAACAGCAGCAGCAACAGCAGCAACAAACAUCACCAGAGCACAUGCAAGUUGAGCAGCAGCUACAGAGUCAGCCGCAACCACAACCGCCUUCCCAAGAUCAUUUGGAUAGGACGCCAUGCUUUGUACCACAACCGGACUUACAGCAACAAUACGCAACACCAUACUUCAAAGAAACUAGACCGACUAGUCACAUGCUUGGGACUGGUGGUUUCCCGUUACAUUACUUAAAACAGAACGGCGUCCUAUCACUGGAAGGCCCAAUUGAUCAGUAUGGAGCUCCUGAACUCCGUCACUUACCGGACAUUGUCCAGCCUGAGCCCCCGAAACCACGAAAACAUAAUCCGAACUCAGAGUUGCGGCUUUUCAAAUGCUUGACUUGUGGCAAAGACUUCAAACAGAAAUCCACAUUACUGCAGCAUGAACGGAUCCACACGGAUUCCAGACCAUACGGGUGUCCAGAAUGCGGCAAGCGGUUUCGCCAGCAGUCACACCUGACGCAACAUCUCCGCAUCCACGCGAACGAGAAGCCAUACGCGUGCGUCUACUGCCCGCGUUCGUUCCGGCAGCGAGCCAUCCUCAACCAGCACCUACGCAUCCAUUCCGGUGAGAAGCCAUAUACGUGCGGCGAGUGCGGCAAACAUUUCCGCCAGAAGGCCAUCCUGAACCAGCACGUCCGCACACACCAAGACGUUUCACCGCAUCUGAUAUUCAAGAACGGGACAACGCCUACCCUGUGGCCCCAGGACGUGCCAUUUCCGGCUGACGAAAACAAAGAGGAGGUGCAGUCAACGUACGGUGACACGGAUGGACAGAACGGAGACCAACGUGGAUCGUGUUUCUCGCCCGGCGACACAGCCCAAUAUCCUGCUUACUUCAAAGACACUAAAGGUCUCAAUCAUACUGUCUUUGGCUCUGGUCUCUCUUUACAGUACUUAAAAGGUGGUAAACUGCCUGAUGUACUCGGUGGUCGCGCGAUGCCUUUAUACGUCCGUUGCCCUAUUUGCCAAAAAGAAUUUAAACAAAAGUCAACGCUUCUUCAACAUGGUUGCAUUCAUAUAGAAUCCCGGCCUUAUCCUUGUCCAGAGUGCGGCAAGCGUUUUCGACAACAAUCCCAUCUAACGCAACAUCUACGCAUUCAUACGAAUGAAAAGCCAUACGGUUGCGUUUACUGUCCCCGAUUUUUCCGACAACGGACUAUCCUUAAUCAGCAUCUUCGUAUUCAUACUGGUGAGAAACCUUACAAAUGCACGCAAUGCGGCAAAGAUUUUAGGCAGAAAGCGAUCUUAGAUCAACACACACGGACACAUCAAGGUGACCGGCCUUUCUGCUGUCCGAUGUCAAAUUGCCGGCGGCGGUUCGCAACCGAACCUGAGGUUAAGAAGCACAUCGACAACCAUAUGAAUCCGCACGCAGCUAAAGCAAGACGAGCUGAUGCCGCGAAAACGCCUCGGCCCCUACCCCCAGCGGCGGCAGUAGUGAAGCCAGAGCUCUACUUUCCACAGUGCUACGCGCCUUUUCAGCAAUUCCCGGCGACAAGUGGUCCGACAGAGUUCAAACCAGCGGUGGGGCCAGGCGCGCCGGUGCCGUGCCUGCCGGCUCAGUGACCCGCGCCUCCGCCUCGAUGGCACCCCGCGCCCACACACGCGCCGUCACACCACGACUUGUACGUUGCCGACCGACUGUACAAUUAAAUUCUUCGGUCCACCUUUUAUCCUGUCGAGACGAUAGGGUAUCGAAGGGUGCCCUGUAUUAGAAGUACAGUCCGGCCUUAAACCAGUAUACGACUCGCAUUGCGAGCUUUGUAAUGCAAAUUAUUGUUCGGAUCGCUGUAAAACAAGCUUCGAUCUGUAAAUAACGACAUUGUUUAUACUCUACCGAAAGUCUGUCGCGAAUGUACAGUUUAAAAGUUCAUCAUUAAUAGUGUUACCGUUGAAGAGCGAAUUCAGAUAGCGUUUUUUGCCCCGUAAUAUUAAGUUACCACGUAAGAGUUAGGUUUCUCGGUGAUUCUUCUUGACACGAGUACGGUCGAAAUCAUUAAAAUGUAAGCAGAUCGAACCAGAGAUUAGAAUUUAAAGCUCUACGUUGAAAACUAAAAGUAAGAAUUGAUCUUUUACCAUAAUUGCAAUAUUUCGCGAUGAAUGUUUCCGGUACAGUGUUGUGCCUAUUUGUAAUAAAUAUACAUAUUUUGUAGAUAUAUUAUAUUAAGUUAAUUUUAUUUACGAGUGUUAAGGGAUAUAAUCUGGCAGAUGGGGGGAGAUUAGAUGAAUUCAUGAUGCUCAAAAUAUCUUUAAAGUAAUAUGGUAAUGUAAGAAUUUACACGGUAACUUUAGGUCCAAAUUUAGAGAAAUUUUCGGAGAGUAAUACAUCAGAGAACAGAAGCAAGAAAGCAAACCAAAAACGUAGGUUACCUUUUGCCAUCUAAAUACAUAUUUUUUUUAGUACUUAACAAGGUGUUCCGUUACAUGAACGCAUUUACGUGAACUAUAAUAAUAAUCGAGAUACCGAGAUGUCUCUGUAACACUAUAGGUGCCAAAUAGUGUAGUGAUUUUUAAAUUUUUUCUACCAUUUUCUAUUAUAGUUGGCCUAGUUUAGGUUGUUACCAGUUUUAUCAACGAUUACGUGACAAUUUGAGAUGCAUUUAAAAGGAAAGGGUCAGACUGAGAAAGGACUGUGAUAGCUAGGUAGGUUAGAUGUCUAUUUCGCUCACUUAGCGUUAAACUUCGUAUGUUGUGACGAAACGUGAUUGAGAAUCCUUUUGGAGGAGUGAUUGAAUAAAAAAUUAUUCGAAUUUUCUUUUGAAACGAAAUUUGCUUUUGUGACUAUAUAAAACUCGAAAUUGCCAAACAGCUACGUAAAAAUUACGUUUUAUGUUCCUAAAAUAUCGAAAUUUCGCAUUUAUUUUAAAUACCGACUCUUUUGUGUCGGUUCAUUGCUUUCUCUUUAUUGACUGAUUCGAUGAAGUAAUGUUUGAAGAGUGAGAGUAGUGAAUUAUACCUUAAUAUAAAUGUAACGCGUGUGAUGUCGCCAAGUGCUUUGCCGUAGUUUGAUCCAGGAAAGGAGGAUAUGCCAGAAUAAUAUUGUUUCUAAUUUUAGCUUAGAUUUAUCGACUCUCGAAUUACAAAGCAAUUCGAUCAUUCAUCGCGAAAUACAUUUAGACGUUAGGGAAAUUAAAGAUAUUAUAUGAAUUUUGUAGCGUUGUUGAAAUACUCUGACUCUGAGUUGUGCGUCCUGGAUUAUUUCGCGUCCACACGAUAAGUAUCUAAUACAGUGCAUAAUGUAGACAUAGAAACUAUAUGGAAUUAUUUUAAACACGUCGAAACUUAUAUAGUGUAAGCGUAAACAGAGACGGAUGUAUCAAAUAUAUCGUUUCUGGUACAAUUUGAUUUAAAUAACGCAAUACAAUGGAGUCGAGCAGACUAUAAACUGUGAAACAGUGUCAGAAUAUUUCAUCAGGCUUUUUAACGUUUUUAUCAUCUCUGUUUGUAUCUAUAGACGACAUAUAUAUAGCUUAUUUUACGAUAUUGUGAUGGUUUCGUUUUCCUACCGCAUAAUAAGAACUGUUAUGUAUUAAAACUGAUAGAUGUAAUAAUAUUUGAAUUUGUGGGAGUCACAUAAUACAUUGGGUACCAUUAAUUUAUCACUUCUGGAAGUGAAUAAUGCAAUAUUAAGUUUAGUGGAUUUUGUGUGUUAUUUUUAUGACGAAUUAUGCAUUGGACUGUUACGAAAAUUAUAAACGAGCCAGUUUCGCCCGGCAGCCAGUUGGCUACUGGUGAAACUGGCCGCUUCACCGCGGCGUCGCGUUCGGGCGCAGUUUUGUUUACCGGUUGCUUUUCCUAUCAAACUUUUGGAGGUUUACAAAUGAAAAACACCAUUAUCGAGGAGUAUUAGCCAGUUAUCUUCAGUGACUAAAGUGUUCCACAAUGUUCACAACGUGUGAUCCUCCGAGGUGCGCGCGCCGCCCCCGCCCCCAGCCACAAGCAGUAACGAUAAGUUUCCGUUUCUACUAUAGUUUAUACACACAAUACAUACAGACAGCCUUAAACAAUAAUAGCUAAUAAGUAUUUUUAUACAGUACAUGAGAUAUAGAUAUAUUAUUUAUUCGAGAGGGACGGGCGCGGCGCGGCGUGCUCUAGUACAAAGUUUGAAUACAAACAUAGCACAGUGCCAUAGCCAUGAAAUAACCUCAGAUUUAUACUUAUUAGAUUUUUAUACCGAUACAAAUGGAUUUAAUUUUUAAAUAUAAACAAAGGUGAUUAAGUAUACAGAGAUUACAGAUGAUAUUUUAUACAUUUAUUACAAACAAUAUUAUUAAAAACGUAUAAUUGUGAAAUAGUCUUAACGUUAGUAUCGUACCUAUUGCAGUUGCAACGUGCUAAGUACCUAAGUAUAUUGAAAAACAGAUUUUCUAUAAGUUUUAAGUUGUGGGAAAUUGAUAUAUUUACCUAAAUCAAUUUUGCAUAACUUAUGUGUCAAAUCAAAAUAGAUAAGUUAUAGCAUUUCAGGUCUGCGCCAUGUUGCAAAGCACAUAUAAAUGAUCAAUUUUCUUUGCCCAAAAAAAGAUAUUGAACGACAACUGAACAGGUCAUGCUAUAUAUACGUAACAUUUUGCACCAUGGUUAUUUUCUAACGUGGUUAUUGUAAAUACAUAUCAUUGGGAAUGUUUUCAGACUGUGUUACAAUAAAUUAUUUUGAUUGAAUGAAAAACAUGCGGGAAAAAAUACAUAUAUGUAUGGCAGUAUGAAUCUCAUUUCCAGAUCUUUAGAUGUAUCACGUUAAUUUCUAAAAACAAUUUUAAAAAAAAACUCCUCGCCCACGCUGUUCUGUUCAAAUUGCUCAUUUUGUUAAGUUUUGCUCAAAUAUUUGUGUAUGUAUCUAUUACAUUCAUUAUAGUUACACUAUUAGCAUACUUUAUGUACGAGAGGUUAUUGUAAAAUACUUAUUUGAGAGCACGGUUUUGCUUUUCUUAUGCAACUAUUUGUUAAGUAAAUAUACCCCAGUCUUGUUCUAUACCAAUUAAGUAUGAUAUUGGACAUAUCUUGUGGCCCCUGCGGAUUGGAUGAGCGUAGUCUUCACUCUAUUAAUCAUUCUGAGCGUACCGUCCAAUUCUGAAUCAUUCUGAACGUUCGUCUAUCAUCAAUUAUGAUUUUCUUUACGUCAAGAGUUUCCUUUAAAUACAUUAAGUUUUUAACAUGUUCCUAGCCUUUAAAAUUUGUAAUCUAUUAUAGUUUUAUAUUUUUGAAUUCAUGUAUUAGUUUUUCUGUUUUAUUCUAUAGUGUAAGAGGCAGAUGUGAAAUAAAUAUGUCUAUGGUACACUCGAUUUAUGUCACAAUUUAUAAAUUUAGAACAAAUUUUCAUAUACGAAUGUGUAUUUAUUUUAAAUAUUUCUAAUGUCACUCAUCAGACAAAUGAUAGCAUUUUCAUAAUUUGAACAUUGUUCUGCAGAUACAAUGUAGGCAACAUUGAAAUUUAAUGAAAAUCUAAAGAAAACUUUAUUGAAAGAACAUAGGCAACAUUUUAAAAAAUACUAUUCUUUGUCGAUGCCUCCAGGUCUGCCUCUUUAUUACGAGUCAUAUUUUCUUGUAAUAAUUAUAGAUGAAAUGAGAUGAUUGAUAUUUGUUAUAUCAACAGAGACGCAUUAUUAAUAUGCCUACAAGCAAAGUAUAAUUAUAUUUCAUCAUAAUAUAUCCGAGUGCUACCCUUUAUAGCUGUUUACCUACUUAUUUUUAUAUGCAGUAAGUGUUUAUGUUGUUAAGGAUAUAAAAGGAGAGAAUAAGAUUGCAUCGUGGAAGUAUACUUUGCAUAUAACGUAAUAAUAAUUACUGAUUACAUGUAAUUGAAUGUCAAUUGUAUUAAAUACAAUAUACCUAGCCGGGCAGUGAGAGUUUAACUGCACCACUGUCCGGAUCGGUGGCGAAACGUCUUAGAAAUAGUCGGUUAAUUUAAAUAAAACGUCGUUCGUUCACUUCGUUCAUUCGUUCAGUAAUUUUUUGAAUAAUGCAUUUAUUGUGAUCUCAACAGUAUAAAAUUUAGAUACAAUAAGGUAAUAAUUGAUGAUCGCUUAAAAUUUACAUACAUUAUUAUGUGUCUUCCUACCAUGAAAAUAGAUUCGAAAUUUCGGAGCCGAAAUAAUAAUAAUAUUAAUAUCGCUAUAAAUGCGACCAAAAUGGAUAAUUUCGCUCGCUCGUAUUGUCUGUGGCUGAUACUUAUUGUUACAUGUUUAUGACAAACGAAACGUCAAUCUGUUUACAAUUCUAAUUUCGAUAUGAACAUGCUUCAUCGUACUCACAAAAUUUAGGCUCGAAACUUCGGAAGUACGUUUCAUGGUAGACCCCCUGGCGUUUCAAUUUUCAUUUUUCGCAUUUCCAUCUUCAAUAUCAAGGAAACUGUAAAUAAAUUCUUGAUUUGACUUUUACGUGAAAUCAUUUCAGAUAAUUCAAAAUGUGUCGAUUCACCGUUACAUUGGAAUAUAAAUCGUUUGUUCUAAAUAUAUAUAUUUCCUUCAUGAUCGCAUUGUAAAACAAUAAAAGCAAUUUUCUUUUCAAUAUACUCGUAUAUAAAAAGGAUCCUUGAUUAAAGGGUUUGUAGUAUAAAAAUUUAGUUGAUAGAACGUUGGCUACGAAUUAUUUAAACGUCUUCCAUGUUUCGUAUAGUUUUAGUGUUACGACGUUCUAUAAUUUGAGCUUAUUGUUUACUUUUCGCCGUUGAUAUUGUCAUAUGCCCUUUAUUUGUACAGUUCAUGUGAUUUUAUGUGGAAAAAACAUACUAUGGUCGCUAGAGCGACGUCAGUGCAAUACACUUGAGUUUCGGCGGAAUGUUCUAAUAAUUUAUUAUUAUUAUUUUUAUUUAAUCAAUAUAGUUGUUAAUGUAGAUAUCAAAAAAUAAUUGGUAGCCAACACAAAAUGGCCUAUGUGUUUUUUUUUUCUAAUUAGAUACAACAUUGUGUACUACACUGCCACUCGCCGACCGCUGUCAGUAACAUUUAAUGUUUAAAAUAAUUAAUUUUUUAUUACAAUAGAGACUUGUUGAAUACAGUUCCACAAUAAAAUAAGUGUUGUUGAAUUUUUUAUAAAAGAUAAAUACAUAUUAGAUUAACGAUCUUGUAGUCUGGAUUGAGUUUUUUGCAGAUUUUAUUGGGUGAAACGUUUUUAAGUCGAUAGUGACGCGUCGCCUGUUUAGCUUAUUUUUGCUAUAAUACUUAUUUGAAGCAAUACAAUAAACAAAUCUACAUAUACCAGAUAGUACAAUAGAUAUACAGAUUAUACAAUAUAUACAAUAGGUUAAACAAUAAAGCGGUGAUAUUAUAUUAUACACGAUUCACUUUUCUUUAUAAAGAAGCGUGACAGGCGGCGCGCCUAACGACAUUUUGCUUUCAUUAGAAUGGGUGCUGUUAUAUUAUUAAUUGUACAUAUUUAUUGUAAUAUACAACAAUAGACUGGAUUUACAAUGUUGUUAGGUUUCUACAGAGUUAUCACCUGGAGCUAUUGAGAACUUAAUAUAUCCAUAUUUGUUUUCUGUACUAAAUAUAGAUAAUCUUUUGUCUAGACUAAUGGUUCUCUUUUUUUAUAUAAAAAAAUAUUGUAGAAAAUUUAAAUACAACAAAUGAUCGCCAUCAGCGAAAUGAAAUACCACACACGAAGGAAUGAGUAUAAAGUAAAGAAAAAUAGUGUUACAGUACUGACUGACUAUUACAUUUUAACAUUCAUCUGUUAUUUAAAUUCAAAAUUUAAUUACCUGACUUCAAGGUAAUUAAUUAAUAGUGUGCUUUAGAAAGUAACGCCAUCUAAUAUCAAUGUGCGAACUAAAACAAAAUUAACAAUACUUGAUCUUUAUAUAUAUAUAUAUAUAUAUAUAUAUACACGAAUAUGUAUAUGAGUAGAUAAUAUCUAAGAUUAAUACAUUGAAUAUUUCACCUUAAUUUACGCGGAAAGACCCGCAAAAUACAGCUAGUAGUAAAAAAUUAUAUUUUCCUUUCAGAUUAAAAAAGUCAUAUUGUUUUACAAUAGCCUUCUAUGAUUUAAGUAGAGGCUCAGAUUAUUUCGUCUUCGCGAAAGGCCCAAAUGAUCUCACUAGCUCCAGUCCUCAUGUUACAAUAGAGUGUAUUUUCUUACGGACCUACAAUGAAGAGAUUACCUAUAUAAAUUCAUUUUAGACAAUCCCAGAAUACAAGAUCUAACUUUUUACACACAACAUUUGCCGUUGAGAACAGAUUUGCUUUUUUCCAUUUUUAAUUUUCACGAUAAAAAAAAAGAAACAGUUGGUUGCGAUAUGGUCACAGUAAUUCAGGCGACAAAUUAAAAUGUUGGCAUUAUAAAAAAUUGUAAAUAUAUUUUCUAGUUCUUCCAAAAUGAAUAAUAUCAGUAUUAAAUACAAAAUUCGACUUUGGUUAGGUCAAAAGUGUACGUGUGAUCUAUAGAGAAUUUUUGCAUUAAACUUUCUUGGUGUAAUUUUAAAGUUUGAAUAUUUUUUAAUUAUAUUAUUAUUUUUUGUCUUUAUUAAGCUAUUAUAUUUUAAUUGUCUUAUAACGAUCUUGCCUAGACUUGCAUUUAUGUUAGUUACGUUACGUAUAAUACGUUUGAAGUUGAUACCAUCGUAUUUAUGUAUAUUAUAUUGUAUUAAGGGUUUUGUUUGUUUUUUUUUUUUGUCAUUAAUAGAAGUAAAAUGUUGUAAAAAGUAAGCUCGUUGUAUUUUAUCAAAUAAACACUUUUUAGUCCAACUGAAGCAAUACAAUGCAGUUUUAUUUUUAUAUACCCGUUAAUGGAGCAUAUUUUUCACGA